AUGACUCCGUACUCCGAACCCGACAGACACUCUCAUCAGGGAAUAUACAACUGCAGUAGGCCAACCGUUUGCAUGAAAAUGACUACAACGGGUCUAAGAAGAUAUCACCCUGUGUUUCCCAAGGCUCUAGUGGAUUGUGCCGAUGUCCAGGAAAGUGGGAUAAAUUCCAGUGGAAUCUACAGUAUCCAUCCUGAUGGGAUCAAAGAACCUCUAAAGGUCUACUGUGACAUGACCACUGCUGGAGGUGGCUGGACGGUAUUCCAAAGGCGAAUGAACGGUUCAGUUGAUUUCAAUGCAAAUUCACUCUAUAAGGAUGGUUUUGGGAGUGUUUGGGGAGAACAUUGGUUAGGAAACCAGAAUGUAUAUCACCUGACGAAUCAGCGCCCUUGCGAGCUCCGGAUAGACCUCUACGACUUCAAAGGGAACACGGUGCAUGCGACCUACAGCCACUUCAGCAUUUCCAACGAGACCAUGAAAUAUGAAUUGAGGCUGGGUUUAUUUUCUGGAGGAGGGGCAGGUAAAACGUACAGCCUUCUCUUCUUUCCAUUCCCCCUCCCCCUCACCAUUCUGAUGCGAUAA